UAACCCUGAAAUCCAGUCAAAUGUCAAGAAAUGAGCCGCAGCGUCAGAUGUUUAAAACCUCGGAUGACAUCCAAACAAAAGAGAUUUAGGAGGGCAGCGGUGCAGCGGGGACUGUCCACAGCUCUGGGUGGGAUGGCUGCAUUACAUGUCACGGCUUCCAUGGAGCUGCAGCCACAGCUAACUGUUCUCCACGCGUCUGUGAACCGGUCAGUGUCUGAUGGAGGGAAGCUAGACGCUACUGGUGCUCCCAAGAAGUCCAGUACCCUCCGGAGCUCUGCCUCAAGGACCCACCCUGAGGUAUCUCACCUGCCUCCGCCCAGACUCCACCCUGUCCGGAAUGUAGAGAGACAGGAUAGAUGUCUGUCCUUUUCUUCGCCAGAACACACCACCUCUAUGUAUUACUGUUUUACCAUCAGGCUUCUUUGUGUGUGUCUGCUAAACUGUAAAAGUACCUCGAGGAGUUUAAGUGUUGGCUGAUCAUGGAGAGAACAACUUAACUAACUAAUAAAAAAGAAAAAAUUCCAAAUUGACUGACCCUCAUAUGGUGCAGUUUGGUCCCAGAUGCAGGAUGCGGUGGUGUCCCAGCUCUGUGCUGCACCUGCUGCGCUGUGUACGGUCCCGCUCCUGCACCAGGAGAGGAAAGAGCCGGCUGCCUCCGUGGAUCAGGGAAACAUGGGCGUACAUACUACUGCUGGUGCAGUCACUUUGCUUUAACUCUCUCACUGACUCAGAUGUGGUGUUCGACUCAGUCUUUGAACCAGUUUUUUGGACUGUGGACUACGUCACCCGCUGGUUUGGCACAGUGUUUGUUUGUCUGGUGGUGAUACUGACCAGCUCCAUCCUGGCGAUAGUCUAUAUUAUUCUACUGCCUCUGGUACUCAACACGUACUCCCCUCCAUGGAUCGCUUGGCACAUUUGUUAUGGACAUUGGAAUCUCGUCAUGAUUGUUUUCCACUACUACAAAUCUGCCAGGACCUCACCCGGGUAUCCCCCCACUGUAAAAAACGACAGUCCAUUUGUGGCAGUCUGCAAAAAGUGCAUCAUGCCCAAACCAGCAAGAACACACCACUGUGGUAUCUGUAACAGGUGCAUUCUGAAAAUGGACCAUCAUUGUCCAUGGUUAAAUAACUGUGUGGGUCAUUUUAACCACCGUUACUUCUUCUCCUUCUGUCUCUCCAUGACUUUGGGCUGUGUUUACUGUAGCAUCAGUGGCAGGAACCUGUUCCUGGAGGCUUACAAUGCUAUUGAGACCAACUAUCAGACGCCUGCACCACACUACACCUUUAAGGAAAAGAUGAUUAAUAAGAGCAUCAUCUACAUGUGGGUCCUCACCAGUGGGAGUGGCCCUAGGAGCUCUGACAUUUUGGCAUGCAGUUCUCAUAUCCAGAGGAGAGACCAGCAUCGAAAAACACAUCAACAGCAAAGAAACGAAGCGAUUGGCAAAACGGGGAAGGGUUUACAAAAACCCUUUCAACUACGGCAGGCUGAAUAACUGGAAAGUCUUCCUCGGCGUGGAGAAGAGAAGUCACUGGCUUACCCGUGUUAUCCUUCCAUCUGGACAUCCUCCACUUUGUGAUGGGUUGACGUGGGACAUCUUACCAUUUAAAAAGGACCUGAUGCCUGUAUGACAGACCCUGCCUGGGAAUACUUGUAGCUUAUUGUUGUCUUUUCUGUGUCCAGCCCCCUCUGGUCAUUCGAUGUGGUUGGCUUUAAGGAUAUGUGCAUGGCAGCUCCAUACAAGGAAGAAAUGGGGUCGUGUCAACCUCCAAUACCUCAAAAACUUUCUGUGGCAUUGCUCAUGGUUCGACAGCCUACGUUUUUCAGCAGUGGAAAAGCAAAGUGUCAGGAAUACUUGACUGGGUUUUACUCACAAACGGAUAUUACUCGAAUAUGAGCAUUGUGAAAAUUAUCAUUUGAUAUUUUUAAAAGACACGUACUGACUGACAUAUCAUUGGACUGAAGUACUUGUUAAAUAAUAUAUAUAUUUUUCUGAAACAGAUGAUCUUUAGAACAAAAUGGUUCAUCUUAAUACCUCCUCCUCCCCGUAUCAUGCACCCCAGUCCAAUAUUAUCAUUUGAUUUGAACAUUCAAGCAAAACUGCAGUGCCAUCACAAUGAGUUAUUUAUCUGUAUUUUGUACCUGUUAAGUUAAUAAAUCUGUUUUUAUUUAAAAACAUUGACACUGUCAGUGUUUACCUAAUACUGAA